AUGGUAAAUGGGAGUACCUGCCAAGUCUGUCAUUGCCGGUACGAUGUAUCAGACUCUGGGAAUGCGGAAAAGCAAGUUGAUGUUCGAUAUUGUGUUCCGUACAUGGAAGACGGUACGUGCGACUUGUACCUGAAGAUAGGCGUCGAGAUGGUCGUUGUGGAUCGCGUGGAUGCUAGAGCAGCGGCAGAGACGGAUCCUCAAGCAUCUGAUCACAAGAUGAUGGAAGCGACAUGGCAGUGUGCCAAUAGUCUCACUCCACUUUUCCCUGACUCUGCACCUCUGCAUGUGGAGUGCCAGCGUGAUAUUUUGCAGUGGCGAGAGGAGGCCAGAGAGAGACAUGUACAGCGGUGA